GGCGAGCGGACCCACCCGCGGCCGCACCGAGACGAGCCCGCGGGGGCCGGGCGCAUGCGUGGGUCUGGCGAGCCGCCGUUCCCGGUCGCCCAGCCCGCCGGGACCGGAGGGGAAGCGUGGGAGGACGCCCGGCCGGGCCCCGCUGCCGACACCCCCAUGGGAUCGGAGAGGACGGAGAUACGCAAACGGCAGAUGGCUACGACCCCAGAGACCCCAGGUGCUGCACAGGCUCAGCUCAGCACAGGAAAUCGAGGGUCCAAUGCCUGCUGCUUUUGUUGGUGCUGUUGCUGCAGCUGCUCAUGUCUUACUGUUAGAAAUCAAGAAGAAGAGAGAGCAAGGAGAACAUCUCAUGAACUCCAAGCAGAGGGUAUUCCAAACUGUGAGGAAAGCCCUGCUCCCACUCUCGAAGAAGUAAAUGCCUGGGCUCAAUCAUUUGACAAGUUGAUGCUUACUCCAGCUGGCAGAAAUGCUUUUCGUGAAUUUCUGCGAACAGAAUUCAGCGAGGAAAACAUGCUUUUCUGGAUGGCCUGUGAGGAACUAAAACAAGAAUCCAACAAAAGCGUCAUUGAAGAAAAAGCAAGACUAAUUUAUGAAGAUUAUAUUUCUAUCCUUUCUCCAAAAGAGGUCAGUCUGGACUCCAGAGUAAGAGAAGUUAUUAACCGAAAUAUGCUGGAACCCUCACAACACACCUUUGAUGAUGCACAGCUUCAAAUUUAUACCUUGAUGCACAGAGACUCUUACCCACGGUUUAUGAACUCUGCUAUUUAUAAGGACUUGCUUCAGUCCUUGUCUGAAAAAUCCAUUGAAGCAUAGAAUUUUUUCUUAAGUGUAUUUGUUUUAAAACAGACGGGACUCUACGCUACAAAAAUCCACAGGGAAAUUAGAAUUAAUCAGAUAUUUACCUGAAAAUAACUCAGGCAAGUUUUACUACAGACUGGAUAAUUUAAAUCUGCACAAAGCUCUGACCCAAUCAGCUAAGUACAGUUUCUGAUUAAGUUCAGUAUUACUUUCUAAAAGGAAAUGAAGAGAAUGAAGAAGAAACGUUGUUCAAAAAAUGUAGUAUUUUUUCCAACACAGCAGACAAUUCAGACACAAAGCUAUCACAACUUAUGUCUGAGGUACAAAUACUAAGCAUGAAAUUAAAACUGAUUUUUAAGUGGAGUGUUAGAAUUUUUUUGAAAACCAAACCAGUUGCCCCAUCCACACUGUGACCAAAGUAAAAAUAUUACUGUCAAUACUGUGUUACUCUAGGCAGUGCCAUCACAGCUGGCAUAGGUACACUCCACUUGUUUUGGUAUAUUUAAUGCAUACAUAGUGCACUAAUGGAAAUUGGCAUGGCAAUCUCAAGUUUAUGAAAGUUACUGGUUGAAAUAAUGCUGCUUAUUAAAAAAAAAAUCUUUUGCUGAAGAAUUGUUAUUUUAGUAUUAGAAUCUGCUGAAAGCAUUACGUUCCCUUUGUUAAUGUUCAUAAAGUUAAAUAAUUUAUUUCAGAGGAAGAAGUCUGGGCAUUGAAAUUCCAAAAUAAAGCACAAGAAUUCUCACAUUCUCUUCCCUCAGUAGGUCUUUGUAAAACCCUUCACUAUUUGCUCCCAAGAGGACGAGUUUCAACCAGCUUGGGUUUAUAAAUACAAAAUUCUCCCAUUCCCUGACAGAUCUUGUAAGGUUUCCAUUACAGAUAUACACACAAUUUACUUAAUAAAAACAGGAAGAUGGAACUUGUGUUCUGAUGCUAUUUCAGACUGUCCAACAGCACCAGCUCUCUCCAGUUAUAAACCACAUUCAUUUACAGUAAUCAUGGGAAAUACCAGGAAAACAUUAAGUCGAAUCAACAUAAACUAUCUGUAGAUCUGUUACUCUAAUGUCUUCUUUCUUUUAAAUUACAAGAUUCACUACAAUCCACUACAUUAAACUCUGGAGUUUAUAGUGGAUUUCCACUGAAUUGUAUUUUUUUUUUCCUGUGUAUUUAUUUAAAUGAGCCAAAUGACACAUAUAGGUUGAAAAAAGACAUAUGAGAAAGACACAAAAAAUACCCCUAGAAAGGAGAACCAGAUAGACAUAGUUCAGUGAGCGUACUCUAGCCUUUCCAAAACCUACUCUUUGCCUAAUUCAAGCAGUAUGGAAAAUACAGAAUGGGAAAUUUCUCUAAAAAAAAAUGAAAUGGGAGGAACAAAACAGAAUUUAAGGAUCAAUUUAAUUGUUUCCUCAGUGCACUUGGCAGGAGAUGUUGUGCCCUUACUGCAUUUGCAUUUUGAAGCACAUAAUUAUUUGAUUUUUUCAGUACAUAGCAUCAGAGGAGAAGAGCUGGUACAUGGCAAUUCAUCAAUGCUAUGGGCUGGUUCAAGCCAGGCUGGAUGGGGCACUGGGCAACCUGGUCUAAUGGAAUGUGUUCCUGCCAGAGGGAUUUGGAGUAGAUUAAGGUACUUCCAACCCAAAUAAUUUAUGAUUCUAUGAUCAGUCUUCAUCAUCUCCUUCCAACAACAAAACACUAUUCAACAUGUCAGCACAAAAAAGUAAACCAAAAAAAAAUAGAGAGCAAAGCAAAGUGCUUUUGCCUGCUGUAGCACAGUGCUAGUGACCAAGUUAAGAGGAAACCCUUCCAUAUGCCACUAAAGACACAGUUCAGUUGGUGUUUGCCACUGCUUGCCCUAUCAAUGCUUCUCAUCUGAACUGAAUUUCUUUUUAACACACCCAAAGCACUACCAAUACAAUUUCAGUUUAUGUGAAAUAUUACAAUGUAAGUAGUAACUUUAACAAAACAUACUAGGUAUCUUCAAAAGACAGCACUCAUGGGGAGCUUGCAGUCAAACAGACAAUACUGUAUUUGUUUUAAUCAGAGUGGGCAGGAGUGCUCAAAACCUCUAAGUUGACAAAGUUUACCUAGGUCAAUUCAGCUUUUUGGAAAGAUUGUAUGCACACAUUAAAACAAAACUUCAAAGCAUGUCACCUCACAAAAUCGAGGAUUUAAUUUAAUUUAUCUCUCUUCCCUUCAAAGAUACUUCACUAAAAACUGAAAGGCAGACUGAACGCUCAUAGUCCAUAUCAAACAAUAUAUUCUAUUAUUGUAUAUUCUAUUAUUAUUAAGAAAAAAGAUGCUUGAAGUUAGAGGGCAGAGAAAAUGAAAUUGGUUUGGGCAGUCUUAUGGUUAACAUUAAAUUAUAAAAAAAAGAAAGUAAUAAUUUCUAAGCGUAUUUUCUAUGUGCCACAACUUCUAAGCAAUUAAGAUUCUCUAGGCAAUUUUCAUAUUACUUCUGCAUUACAAUAUGUUGAUAUUUGCAAUGUGCAUUCUUUCCUGAAAUAUUUUACUAAAUCUUAAUGCUGUGCUUUAGGCUUAAGUUUAUACCCACCACCAGUGGCAGAAUGCCGAUCCCUAGAUAUCCGGAGAAUAUUUCCUAAAAACCCAAACAACCCACUCCCUUAAAUAUCUUGCUAUUUUGAGAUUGGUUAAUGCUGGAUUUAAUUGAUGGCAUGGAGGUAAGGAGGUGGGGAGGGGGAAGAUGAAAACAAAAACCCACCCACAGACAACAAACUUUUAAUUAUAUUUCAUUGUUAUAUACCUGCUCAUGGUGCAUAAACUUCUCAGGGCAAAAGAAAAGUGCACUGAAAAGGAAAAGUUUCCAUAGACAAGCUGUUACAUGAACAGCAAGAGAAAAUAAUCAUAUUGACAUAAGACAUUAUUUAAUCAUGUAAGAAAUUAUCACAAAAUCAAUUUAUCCUAGGUUGAAAAUGAGCACGGUUGGUUUGCCUUGGCAUUUAUCAAACUGCAGGAUAUCAUUAAGCUGUAACAACUUUCCAGUCCAUUGGCAUUCUUCCUUCAAUGUCUACACUUCAUAAAGCAGCAACUCCCACAGAACAUGCAUACUGUUAAAGACUGCUCUUUUCACCAGCCUGCUAAGCACUAUUAAAAUUGCAUGGGCUCCUUCAGCCAACAUAUUGUGCUGUACAAUGACCUUUAAAUUCCAAAGUCAUUAGCACAGUACAAAUGGAGAAAAAAAAAUAUGUAUUCUGAAGGGCUCUACCAUAUAAAGUUAGAUUAAAAUUUAUCAUACAAACAUUAUGUACUUAUGCAGUUUCUGAUUACAAAGGAUAUCAGAAAAAAGAUAAAGUGAUGAGAAUGGCUAUCAUAUCACAGCAUUAAGUAAUUUGUAAACAACUUUGCUUAAGCAGAUCUUACAAACAUGUGUCUUCUGCCAUAAAAGAUGAGUAUUGUUUCAAUUACAUUAUGAACAAUUUUUAUACUAAUGUUGUAAUUAAAUUAAUCCCAAACUCUUUGAAAUGGUAAAAGAAUUAAGAGUAGUGAUGAUCUAGUGAAACAGAAGCUAAUAUACAGCUGUAUAAAACUGUGAUUGAAGUAAAACUCCUCAGGUUUGUUUAUAUGAAUGACUAAUAGUUCAAGAUCCAUUUCCAGAGGCAUUUGUUUGAAAGGUAAUAUAACUACACUGUACAGAGUGAAGACUUCAUGUUGAUGAAUUAAGUCCUGUCUAGGCUGGUAAGGAUUGUGAGUUUUAAUUUAAAAUUAAUUUAUGUGAUCACAAGUGGAAUCCUGAACUCUGGAUAAAAACAAGCCUCUUCCUUGGAUUCACAAAAGCCAAGAUUACUGGGCAGAUAUUUUCCUUCUGCUUAGUGAUAGUCAAAAAGAACCAUUCAGUACAAGAUACUUUAAAACUCCUACUUUCUCCUGAAUGACAUGACAAUAUGAGCAAAUGUAUUAUAUAAUGAGAAUAUGUCUUCUAAUGAAGGAUCCAGAAGUUGUGUCUUCUGAGCAGAAGGAUCCUCUAAGCCUUGUUUACAGAAGAUUGGAUCCUUAAAACACACACACACAUACCUUUAAAAGGAAUGUGGCCUUCUCUUUCUCUCUAUUAGAAUUUUGUGCAAGCUACCUUAAACUGUAGGACAACUCUGUUCCAUCUGAGUGUUCAUAAAGGUAGUAACCAAACCUGCUAUUCCUAGAUGGGAGAGAUUCAUCACCAGUUCUGCUGGCACAUUUCAGUGCAUGAAAUACCCCAGUGUUCUGGGUCAGUCGUAGCACAACUGCAGCCCAGUAGACAAGUCAGCCAGCUGGAGAAAUGAGACAGUCCCAGCCCCACCUUUGAUACAGGAGGGCAACUUCAGACAGCUGGGAAAACUGCAGCAGCUUUUGAACAGAGGUCCAUCCAGAGAUCAGUACUGGAAAGUUUUUUUUUUUUAUUUGGGUAACCAAAAUAAAGCAUGAAUAGAACUGA